GCGGGUGCUUCAUUCGAACCUCUCCACUUCUCAUCCAAUCUUUUCCUUACAUUUAGCGGAUGCCCUCCUCCGCUGCCUUGACUGAUCCACUGCGGCUGGAUGCUCGAUCUAGGAAAGUCUUGACACUUACGCCAUGCAGGAACGAUCUCCCUCUGCCAAGCUCCCCUACGAGAGACGAAACGAAGCAUACUGAUCGCCCGAGAUACUACAUCCAGCCUAUGGCUGUUUCUUUGCUCGCCUCCAGCCGCGCAAAUUCAUGCUCAGCGCGCCCAGCCCUCAUUAGCCCGGAAGGGCCAGUAACAAGAGCAAACCAGCUUUGAUAUAGACAUGUCCUCCUGCCUAAAAGAACGAUGAAACACGCAAACAGCCUCUUGCGCCAUCUCGCCGGGGCAAUGCAGCUUCAAGCGACCCAGUCAGUUCAGCCUUGUAGUUAAUUAGAACUCCACUGCAUCUGUUUGUACAUGCCAAUCAGGUUUGCAACUGAUUGCCCCGUCAGGUGAUUCUGACGAUCCCAAGGUC